AAGCGGCGCAUAAUGCGAGUCAUGGCAGGAUUCAAGAUCUGUUGAGAUAACGCGUACGAGAUACCCCUCUUUUGCGGCAAGGCUCGAUGACGAACAACCAUCAUGGAACAUGGAAAUGAAGCCACAAAAAUGGCCAGGAAGUCAAUUGUACUACAUAUGGAAAGAUCAAGACUACUAUAGGCCAAGGGUCCUUGUUUUUGAUGUCCUGUUGCUGAAUGCGCUCCGGCUGCGAGUGAGAACAAAGGGGUGGGGUUUCCGAUGCAUGUUAGUGAAAAUUGCCAGAAUCAGUGCACACGCACCUCACGCUCGUGCCUCCACACAUACACAGUAACACUCUCUACAUGCUAGCUAAGCUCACCGUCAAGGCAGACCUUUUUGACCUGCCCAGUCUCAUAUGGUUGUAUCUCAAAUCUACAACACUCCGUUCUCUUCGAGAUUGUCCUUACGAUGGCUCCAUCCGCGCAGGCACACAAGCGGGCUCACAGUCUGCUGCUUUUUGAGAAACUGCUCAACCUCCGAGACAGCGCCAGCCCGCUCACCUUGAUUCUCGACAGCUUAGAGCAGAGCGCCGAACCACUCACAAAUGAAUUUAUGCGGAGGGCUAAACUUGAACGCGCCAAAAUCGUCUUCGUCUCCUUCGCUACGAUCAAGAAGCCCGCCCUCGCCGACAUAUUCAUCCGGGCCCGCGGCAAACCUCUCAAAGCCUUUGCGGCCGAGAUAGCCUCACAUGUCACGCCUCCACGCACCGCCGCCGCUAAAGAGGGGGCCGCACCUCCUCCUGUUCAAAAAGCCCUCAUCGUCAUCGACACGCUCAACCUCCCCUCGCACCGCCUCCCGCCCGCCCUCCUGCCGGCCUUCUUCUCCGCCGUCAUCGCCGCCCCGACCGUCUCCCUCGUCGCCGUCUACCACGCCGACGUCCCCGCCCUGCCCAUCAUCGGACACGGGCACGGACACGGGCACGGGCGGGAGCAGUACCUCCCGGACCCGCUCACGCUCCUCUCGCACCUCGCCACGACGGUCCUGCGCGUCUCGGGGCUCGGCCACGCCGUCGCCGCCCGCCGCGCCCGCGAGCGCAGCCUGCCCGAGCCCGAGUUGGGCCUGCGCGAGGGCCGGGAGGGGGCGCUGGUCGGCUUGUUGCCGCGCGAGCUGGGCGGGGAGAUGGGCGGCGGAGGGAAGAUCGGCGGGGCGGCGGAGGCGGCAGCCGUGGUGGUCGAGAUGGAGAUGCGGCGGCGGAGCGGGAGGGCGGUGGCGGACCGGUUCGUCCUCACACCCUCCCCCUCCCCGUCUCCCUCUCGGGCCGACGGCGGCAGCAAGGUGGCGGUGAUGCUGAUGGCCGACCAUCCUGCCUUCUCGAGGGCUCCUCCGGGUGCGGGAGGGGAAGGGGAGGGAGAUGAGGAGGAGGGGGAGAGCGAGAGGGAGGGGCGGAUGGAGGCUACCUUCAACCUCGGGCUGACGGAGAAGCAGAGGCGGGACCGUGAGGGGGUGGUGCUGCCGUACUUUGAUGCGCAGGUGGAUAUCGGAGGCGGCGAAGGGGGGAGGAUUUUGUAUGAUAUGGGGAGGGAGGAUGAUUUUGAUGAGGAGGAGGACGAGAUAUAGGGACUCCUACAGAGUGAUGAAUGAAUCUGCCUCGUUUCUUUGGGCGUGGCCCAAGGUACUACUAAACUAACAACUACUGAGCAUGGAUAAUGACCAUUUCUCUUGGUUUUUUUUCAU